UCUCUAUCAAAGAAUUUCCAGUAGUUAGCUAAACGUCACGACCUGCUUCUGGUCCUCAAUGACAGACGCUUGACUUUAAGCUAGUAAGAAUGAGCUUUAGGCUGUGAACAUUUACUUAUUUGUGACGGGAACAAGUAAGGUUGAGUCACAUCAGUCUGUGAAGAUGCCAGCUGGGGUGUCUUGGGCUCGGUACAUCCGGAUGUUAGGAGCCAGUGUUUUGGCCAUGUUUGCAGGAGCACAGGCAGUCCAUCAAUACUACCUGCCUGACCUGAGUAUACCAGAUGUCCCACCAAAGCCUGGUGAGCUUCGAACAGAGCUGCAAGGCUACAAAGUCAGAGAAGAAGCCUUAAAGAACGUUAAAUCUGAAGAAGAUACCCGCUGAUGUGGAUCUACAUCCUCUGUGUGACAGACACUGAAAGAAGCAGAUAGCACUAGCCCCACUAUGUCAUAUGUGGGAUGUCUGGACAUAAAUAUUUUCUGUAUUUGAUGUUUUCUUCUAAUGGGACAAACCGAAGAAGAAUAAUGUGCCAAGCGUGACUUGGAAAGUGUUAUUCAUGCCUUUAUUACCUCACGUUUAGAUUAUUGUAAUUCUCUUUUAAUAGGGGUUGGGCAGGGCACUUUGUCACGCUUGCAAUUAGUGCAAAAUGCUGUGGCACGAUUUUUAACUGGCAGAAGAAAAUUUGAUCACAUCACUCCGAUAUUGGCCUCUCUACACUGGCUUCCAAUUGAAUUUAGGAUCUGUUUUAAAGUCCUUUUAUUGGUUUUUAAAUCUCUAAAUGGUCUGGCACCUGUUUAUUUGGCUGACUUGUUGCUUUCUGUCCCAAAGUCACGGCGGAAACUUAGAGGAGACAGAGCGUUCUCUGUUGCAGCGCCGAUGCUUUGGAAUAACCUUCCUCUCCAUAUUAGACAGGCUACAUCAGUGCCAGUUUUUAAGUCUUUAUUAAAAACCUAUUUUUAUUCCUUGGCUUUUAA